AUGGGGGUUAAGCAGACAGUGGGUAAAGGAUGUCGUGCCGGUUUGGGGUUAAGAAAGAAUUUACAAGGAAUUAACCGUCCUCUGACUCCAAUAAAGAAUGAAGAAAGGUUUGGUUUGGGGUACAAGCCUACCAAAGAAGAGAGAAGGAAAUUGGCAGCUCGAAAGAAGGUUAAAAAGAUGGCUCAACUUGAGGGAAAGAAAGAAGAAUUUGGGAAACAGACAAUUUCGCACUUAUAUGAGACUUUUCGCUCUGCAGGUUUCAUUCACCCCGAAGCACCAACAAAGGUCAAUCAGGUUCUACGGAUGUUUGAUGAGCUAUCAAUCCAUAUGAUCAAAGAUGAAAAACCUAACGAAAAGAUCCCUGUGGUGUAUCCAAUACUGCUAGGAGAUGAGCUAAGCGAUUGGACAGCCACAGAAUUGGCCAUCAUCUUUAAGUCUUUGGAAAUGUCUUUAAAUGAUGAACACGAAGACAAUCUAAACAACAAUUCGAAUAUCGAUUUUGAGAUGAUUCCGAACGUUGAUGAAUUGAAAAAUGAAGAGGAGGUGGAUGACUAUGGCUUACCCCCUAAUUUGUCGAGAAUGUUGAAAUUGGAGGAAAGGGAGAUUUUACCUCAUCAGGAACUCACAGAAAUGAUUAACCUCGAAAAUGGGGAAGAAAAGAAAGAGGUAAAGAUUGACACAUUGCUGUCAUCUAAUGAACGACAGAAGCUAGAAAAACUGCUCUGCGAAUAUGUGGAUGUGUUUGCUUGGUCAUAUCAGGACAUGCCAGGUCUUAAUACUGACAUUGUCGUCCACAAGUUGCCUUUGAGAUCAGACUGGAAGCCUAUUAAACAGAAAUUGAGAAGAAUGAAGCCAGAAAUGUUGCUGAAGAUUAAAGAAGAAGUAAAGAAGCAAUUUGACGCUGGUUUCUUGGAGAUGGCCAAGUAUCCUGAAUGGGUAGCUAAUAUAGUCCCGGUUCCUAAGAAGGAUGGAAAAUUACAAUCAGAUCAAGAUGGCACCCGAAGAUAUGGAAAAAAUGACGUUCGUAACCAUGUGGGGAAUGUUUUGUUACAAAGUAUGCCAUUUGGAUUGAAGAAUGCUGGUGCCACCUACCAAAGGGCAAUGGUAGCUUUGUUUCACGAUAUGAUGCAUAAAGAGAUAAAGGUAUAUGUGGAUGACAUGAUUGCAAAAUCUCAUACUGUCAAUCUCAAGAAGCUGUUCGAGAGAUUGCGAAAGUUUCAGCUCAAGUUGAAUCCUGCAAAAUGCACUUUUGGUGUAACUUAUGAGAAAUUGUUGGGGUUCAUACUCACCUGUAAAUGUGAUCCAUUCUUCAAGCUGCUUCGAAAACGAGACCCAGGAGAGUGGAAUGAAGAAUGUCAAAUAGCCUUUGAUAAAAUCAAAGAAUAUCUCAAAAAUCCACCGGUGUUGGUGCCACCGACGGUUGAAAAACCUCUUAUUUUGUAUUUGACUGUGAACAAGAAUUCUAUGAGAUGUGUACUGGGACAACAUGAUGGAACUGGGAAGAAAGAACAGGCCAUAUAUUACUUAAGCAAGAAAUUCAUGGAGUAUGAGUCCAAAUACUCUACGCUCGAAAAGAUGUGUUGUGCGUUAGCAUGGAUUGCCCAGAGGCUCCGACAAUAUAUGUUGUAUCACACAACAUGGUUGGUGGCGAAAUUAGAGCCCAUCAAGUAUAUUUUUGAAAAACCCUUUCUGUCUGGAAGAAUAGCUCGAUGGCAAGUGCUAUUGUCUGAGUAUGAUAUUGUGUAUCUGUCCCAAAAAUCAAUUAAAGGGAGCGCCAUCGCUGAUUUCCUCGCAGAUCGAGCUAAUGAGGAUUAUGAAUCUGUAAGUUUCGAUUUUCGAGAUGAAGAUUUGAUGGUCGUCUUGCACAUAGAAAAAAAAGGUCCCAACGAACUUAAUCCAUGGAAGAUGUAUUUUGAUGGAGCAGCCAAUGCUCUAGGGCAUGAAAUUGGGGCAGUGUUGAUUUCUCCAAAUGGAAAGUACUAUCCAGCCACAACGAGAUUGAAUUUCAAUUGUACUAAUAAUAUAGCAGAGUAUGAGGCAUUGGUAAUGGGAUUACAAGCAGCAAUCAAGAUGAGGGUCGGCGCGAUAGAGGUUUACGAAGAUUCAGCUUUGGUGAUAUGUCAAAUGAGAGAAAAUCAUAUUGUUGAUGCUUUGGCCACUUUCGCAGCAAUGUUCAAAAUAAAAGAAGUGGCUGAUGUACGCCUUUUUGAUUUAGAAGUCCGUGAAAUCUCCGCACACUACUUGAAUGUCGAGGAAGAGGUUGAUGGUAAGCCGUGGUAUCAUGAUAUCAUGCAAUACAUCAAGCACCAGGCAUAUCUUGAGAAUGCCACGGACAAUGACAAACGAACUCUUAAAAGACUAGCAAUGGGUUUCUUCCUUAGCGGAGAAGUACUAUACAAAAGAAGUCAGGAUCAAGUACUUUUGAGAUGUGUGGAUGCUACUGAGGCCAACAAAAUAAUGGAAGAAGUUCACAAAGGAACUUGUGGAGCUCACGCUAAUGGACAUAUGUUGGUCAGACAAAUUAUGAGAGCUGGAUAUUAUUGGUUGACAUUGGAAUCAGAUUGCAUAAACUUCGUUCGAAGGUGCCACAAGUGUCAGAUUUAUGCAGAUAGGAUCCAUGCUCCAUCAGCCCCAUUGCACAUUUUCACGGCGCAUUGGCCAUUUUCAAUGUGGGGAAUGGAUGUGAUUGGGCUUAUUACACCAAAAGCCUCAAAUGGAUAUUGA